GCAAGAUGUGUCGUUCUAGAUGGUUUUUGUUGGGUUUAUUUUUGGCCAGUCAAACGCUAAAAUAUUGAUCUUUCGAGUGGAGCAGUUGAUAGUAUCAUGGCUUAGUAAUUGUUGCAAAUAGUUUUCUGUAUAUAAUGAGUGUGCUAUUGUUGAGAGAUAAUUUCUUUGUUGGUGUCAUUACUUUACAACAAGUUUGCUGUAAAAAAUCAACUUGUUUUUGAGUGAAUACAAGCAACCAAAAUAUUAGAAUGUUAUUUCACUGAUGGACUCUUACUUGCCUAUUAUUUUCUCAUCUUAUUGAAUGACUUAUCUGAUAAAUAUGGUAUUAAUGUAAUGAUGUUUGUGUUCUGGAAGUUAUUCGAUCUAAUUCUCAAUCUCUCGAGAGUGUUGUGUACUCUUGAUAAUAAAGCCUAUCAACAUCUUUAGUUUACUUCUCUAGUUUUUGGAAUGUCAGCAAACCUAUGUGUGCUUCAAUCACCUCAGAUGUUUUUGAAAAUUUAUUUUGUGCUGGGUUUCUUGAAUGGUUCUUGUGCUACGUACCUUCUCCCAAAAUUCCUUACCAGACAUAUCACAUGAUAUCAUACACGUGUGACAGAAAGUGCUAGUUUGAUCUACAUUAUGAAGUGACUAGUAAUUUCUUUGCUAAGCAUUAACUUUUCCUGGAUGCUUAUAGUGAUUUGGAGAACCCAUCAAUGCUUACAAGUUACAACAAGUUGCACCUUAUUUGGAAUGAGGGAAUUGGAGGGAAAGAAAGAGGAGGAAUUCGGAGAGAUAUUUUGGAUAGGAGGGAUUUGAAAAGAAGGGAUAAAGUCCAAUUUUAUUAUAUCCAAAUCUCUCCAAGUGGAAAGAUUCCUUGGAAAAUGACUUUUCUAUAAUUCCCUCCUGUUGUUUUCCUCCUAAACAAACAAAGGAGACUUAUCUAUUAUUCCCUUCCUUUCUUUUCCUUUCACUCCCUUCCCCUUUCCUUCCUUUCCUUUGCCUCCUAAAUUUUUAUCCAAGCUCAAUGUUUCUGUUUUGGGGUUCUGAGCUCCUGGCAGCCUCCGUAUGGGGUUAUUGUUAUGUUUCAUUGCAUGCUAUCCCAAAUGAAAAAAGGUUGUAUCACCACCAAGGAGCUCGGAACAGUGAUGAGGUCCCUUGGUCAGAACCCAACUGAGGCAGAGCUUCAAGACAUGAUAAAUGAGGUUGAUGCUGAUGGAAACGGUACCAUCGACUUCCCAGAAUUCCUCAACCUGAUGGCCAGAAAGAUGAAAGACACUGAUUCCGAGGAAGAACUUAAAGAAGCUUUCCGUGUCUUCGACAAGGAUCAAAACGGUUUCAUCUCUGCUGCUGAGCUGCGCCAUGUGAUGACAAACCUAGGUGAAAAGCUCACCGAUGAGGAAGUCGACGAGAUGAUCCGGGAAGCUGAUGUUGAUGGUGAUGGCCAAAUCAACUACGAGGAGUUCGUCAAAGUGAUGAUGGCCAAGUGAUGAAUUCCUGGUAAAUGAUGAAAAAAAGAUAAAUUUGUAAAAUGUUAGUGAAUUAUUAUGAGACCUAUAUUGUUUUUUUUUUCUUUAGUAAUUUCUGAUGCAUAGAAACCAGACAUUUUAGGUCAUGUUGUGGAUUUGUGAUUGUGGUGAUCUCUGUUUGGCAAUUUCUGUAAUGCUGUUUUUCUUGGUGACUGUUAACUUGUUCUUUCUGGUUUCUAUUGUAUCAGUAUCCCUUUGGAGAAUCAACUAAUUCUGAUAAUUGAUUCAGUUCUCGAAACACAUUAUUCUAUGCAUUUGAAUUUUGACUGUAA